CUGUCUCUCACUCUGUGUCGCUAUACGCCAGGAAUUAGCAAUUUAGCACCAUGACCGGACGGCGAUUAACCGUCGUCUUCCCCUUUCUCUUCUUCCUCUCUAUCGUCGCCAUGUCUCUUCGUUCUUCUUCCUCUCCUGCUUUUUCUUCCUCUUCCAACUCCACCGCUUUGAUCUCCUUCCUUCAGGAGCUCCAGGCCGCCGCGCUCGUCUCCUUCGGGCGAUCGAAUUUCGAUCCAAAGCUCUACGUCGACCUGCCGCUUAAAUCCGACCUCCAGUCGACGCGAUCGGCGUUCCAGAGUCUCCGAAAGCUCUCGAACGGGUCCGUCCCGGCGGAGGAACUCAGGCGGUUCGUCGCGGCGUACUUCGACGGCGCCGGGAGCGACCUGGUGAGCCACGUGCCGCCGGAUUUCAAGGCGGAACCGGAGGGGUUCCUUCCCCGAGUGGAGGACCCGGCGGCGAGGAAAUGGGCGCUGGAGGUGCAUUCGCUGUGGAGGCUGCUCAGCAGGAAGGUGUCGGAGCGGGUCGCCGACGAGCCGGAGCGGCACACGCUGCUUCCCCUCCGCGAACCGGUGGUGGUGCCCGGGUCGCGGUUCCGGGAGGUCUACUAUUGGGAUUCCUACUGGGUGAUCAGGGGACUUCUGGCAAGCAAGAUGCAUCAGACGGCGAAGUCAAUCGUACGCAAUCUUGUUUCAAUGAUAGAGAAAUAUGGCUUCGUUCUGAAUGGUGCCAGAAGCUACUAUACCAACAGGAGCCAGCCUCCACUUCUAAGCUCAAUGGUGAUGGAGAUAUACAAAAGCACGGGGGAUGUGGAUUUUGUGAAAGAAACAUUCCCUUAUUUGCUCAAGGAGCACGGGUAUUGGAAUUCAAAAAUACACACAGUGGUGGUGCAUGACGCUGAAGGACGCACCCACACGUUGAACAGAUAUAACGCAAGGUGGAAUAAACCAAGACCAGAGUCUGGAACAACUGACGAGGCUACUGCUUCUAAUAUAUCAAGUAUCACGGAGAAGGAGCACCUCUACCAUGAAAUAGCUUCGACAGCCGAAUCUGGAUGGGAUUUCAGCACUCGAUGGAUGAGUUCUCCACCGGACCUCACGACAUUGAGAACAACAUCAAUAAUACCAGUAGACCUGAACACAUAUAUUCUGAAGAUGGAGCUUGACCUGGCACAUUUUGCAAUAAUUCUGGGAAAUGCAUCGGUAUCUGAAGCAUAUGAGGCAGCAUCCAAGCUUCGGAUUGAAGCAAUGAACUCAGUCUUCUGGAACACUGAGAGGGGUCAGUGGCUUGAUUAUUGGUUUGGCAACUCAAGCACUUCAGAGGAACCCCACAUAUGGCAAGCUAGCAACCAAAACCAAAAUGUUUUCGCCUCAAAUUUUGUUCCUUUGUGGAUUGGUAGUCUGACUUCAGGUGAUAUGGUGAAAAAAGCAGCAAGUGCCCUUGUCAGUUCUGGACUACUAAAGAAAGGUGGAAUCUCGACAUCACUGACAAAUUCAGGCCAACAGUGGGAUGCCCCCAAUGGGUGGCCUCCAAUGCAGCACUUGAUUGUUGAAGGCUUAGUAAAGUCCAAUUCAGAUGAAGCUAAAACCCUAGCAAAAGACAUUGCCUUGAGAUGGCUUCAAAUAAAUUAUGAUGGGUACAAGCAAUCAGGCAAGAUGCAUGAGAAAUAUAAUGUUGAAGAAUGUGGGACGGCCGGAGGUGGUGGCGAGUAUUCACCGCAGACUGGUUUUGGCUGGUCGAACGGUGUGGUGUUGGCAUUUUUGGAGGAAUUCGGAUGGCCAAACGGACAGAGCCUAAGCUGUCCCGUCUAAACUAUCAAGAACCAUCUUAUUCUUUGUACCCACUCCCAUUCUGUAAUUGCCACAGAUGAGUAUAUGCAUGUGUACACAGAAGAAGGGUUGUGGAAUUGAGAACAAAGUGUUUAAAUAAAGUAUAUGCAUGUGUACUCCUGUUCUUCAGUCUUUUA